GUAACCAAUAUAAUUAUGCCGUGAGCAUUAGUGACCUCAUCAAGAAAACGACUCAAGGAAAAAAAUUGGCGAAAGCAGAUAGCUCCCGCUGUGUUACAGACAGGGACUAUACACCGGUUAAUUUGCUUAAAAUUGCUAUUCCGCCUUACUGCAGUUUAUCGUAUGAUUGAUCAAAGUAUAUACGCUGUUUCACGAAGGGAAAGUUUUCUUGCUUCGUAGUAAAAUGCAAAUGCGUUGAAAUGAGCACGGAUGAUCUACUGCAACGGAUGUUCAUCCUUUACUGCAUGAGCAAACUAAAUUUAAAUGACCGAUGAAGGCAAGGAACAGGGCAUUGAACAACGACUUCACAAAGGUAAAUCAUAUUCAUUUGUGGGUACUCACAAAUAUAACCCCCUUUGUGCUGUUUUCAACGAGUUCCGUCUUAAACAAUGUGUUAAUUCUAAACUUCUCUUGAAUUACGCUUGUAUUUUGUGCUCUGAAACUGUGCAUGGUUAUGGUUUAUUUUAUGUGCCGCUCGGUGACUACCAGGUUUUGAGUCUUUUCAAAACGUUAUUAGCGUUACGACAUGGCGAGUAAACAGCGCCACCAAAACGUACAUUCAUCAGCUCAAAACCUUUAACUAAAUGAACGUCACGGCUCGCAGUCGACGAGAGGCGACUAAACGCUUUUUUUUACAUAUAUAAAUAGUGCAGUAUUUAAAAAACAAUUUACUACACUGCAACCAGAAUCUAAAUGAAAUAUAAGAUCUAGCUAAGGAACAAUCUAUUAAGCUUACAGGAGAAUCAAGCUUGAAGUAAACCUCAAGCAGAAUUUUUUAAUAUAUUCACAAAUAUUUACUUGACGAAAACUGGCAAGUUCUUAUUAGAUGCUUAUUUCGGUUAGACGUAGGUAAGUCACUAAAAAGAGCAAAAUCAUGUAAUAUUUUGCUGGGUGAAAAAGUAACUUGAUUCUCGGAUCUUAAUUCCACUGCGUAUUGUUGUCGGGAAAACAUGUAUACGAUGGCGAAAAAAGCUUGCGUGCAAUUUAUAUUAGUGGAAACAAAAGUCGUCGGGCUUUGUUAUGAAGUUCUAGCCAAUAAAUGUGCAUGAUCUGAAAUGCUGAGACCCGUGCAUUUAUGUAUUAAUGCCAUGAGCAUUAUUAAAACGACCCCCAAAUGGGAACUCGCUGUGAAGCAAGGGAAGUCAGACGAAUCGAAAACAUUUCACCGACUGAGGCAUUGGAAUGAAAAUGGGAUUAGUAUAAGCACGGAACUUGCCGCUUGACUGAAAAGGGUAUUUGCCUCUAAAUACUUUUCUUGGUACGUUUCAUGCAAUGUGACAUGAUAUAGUAAUGUUUUGCUAAAAAUGCAGCAAGAUUGUUAUCACAUUUUAACCCGGAAAGUUUUAUUUCUUAAACAGAUGUUUCUUCGAUGUUUUCAUCUUAGUUUCAUUAGCCAUUUUACUGAGCUAAAACAAACACAAUUAGAACAAAAACAGGUUUUAACCAAUAUAUGCGUCAAUGGAAGUCGUUUCAAAACGAAUUUAUUCUUAAUUUGUCGAGAACACUGGUACGAUUGUCAGAACAUUUUCGGCGGAACAAUAAUUGAAAUUUUAAUCAAGGAAAAAAGAAAUUUUAAUAAAAAGCGUAAAAGAGUAAAAAGUGUCGUUCAUUAAAACGAUAACACAUGUUCAGCCCUGUCACGGAACAAGGAAAGGUUUUUUUUUUCAAAUAAAGCGGAAAGAGAAGGUAAAAUAUUCAACGCCCUUAUGCAUUAGGCAAAGUGCUAAACUUCUUAAUUUGAGAUCGCAACAACAAUCCGAUUCACACCAAUGCCUUAAUGAAAAAUGUAGGCCAUUGUUAUGAAAAAACGUAGGAUGAAAGAAGCGGCGGAGGAUGAAAGCAGUAGAAAGGGGAACAUUCUAAGAGGAAGAAAAAUUCUUAAUGAGGAUGGAUAUGUAUGCAAAAAACUUUGCUCGCAGCGGGAAAUGCACGUAAUGAAAGUCUGAAUUUGCCAGAUCACGUGGCCAUCUCAUGUAUUUACACGUGAAUAUAAGAAAAAAAAAUUAAGAAGUAAUUUCAUAUACAAAGACCAAUGUGUAAACGGUCAAGCCACGUUAAAAAUGUCUUUAUAAAGAGAAAGCUAGAAUUAGGUGUACCUCACGCACAAAAUAUUUCAUACACGAAAUAGGAUGAAGAGGAAGUAUAAACAGUUAUAGCUGUAUAUAAAAACAAAAUUUUCAAACUAAUAAACAGUUAAUGAAGAGAUAACAAAGGACAUUAACCCCAUGAAGAAGGUUUGGCAUGUGGUCCCAGUUAGAAUAAUAAUUUCUUUCAACGUCUUCAACAUCUUUCGACCAGUUGAAAACUCAAUCAGCGCAACAGUCAUCUAUCAACACCUCUUGAGUUUUUGAAUAUUAGGCGAAACAUUCCUAAUCGUGUUUUAUACAUCAGCCACUGUAAAAGCAAAGAAAACAACCACAGGAGAACACAGUAGUAAAUGGUUUGAACCAUGGGUAGUUUGAUACAACAACAGCUGAAAAACCAUCAACGACAACAGCUUUGAUGAGCAACAAAGAAAACAAAUAAUUAUGCAGUGAAUGAUUUAUCUCUGCUGUUGUGUCAUAGUUUAGUUGAUAACUAUAUUACUGCAAGACCGGCAACAAUAACAAUUGUGUAUUUUCACAUGACGUCAUGGCAGCCAAACCAGUCCUGUGGGAGUUGAACUCUUUUCUUAUGUAAACGCUUUCUUUAGUUCCAAUGAAUUUGCAUAGAUGCUGGCCACGUGAGUGAAAACACAGAAUAACCUCAGUAAACAAGAAAAAAAAAAGAACGUAGAACUUAGGGAACAAAUGUGGUUCAUAGUAGAUGCAACAAUCACGCAAAACCAACAAAAUCCGCAGUGAGCUACAACGAUUAACAUACUAGACUUUAUAAAGUGAUGUUUAGAACUCAAAGGUGAUACCAGGUUUGAUUGAAUAAGAUCUUCUUGGUUUGUGCAGUGCUUUUGACACAGUGCGGAUGCUAAUUCGACUCGAAGUGAUAAGGACAGAAUUCCCAUGCUUACAUACCAUAACAAAAGGAAUACGGCAAGUAUAACCUUUAAAAUACAACUCAAAAUUACUUUUAUGAUUCCAUGAAUAUUACCUAAUAUAUAGAUUUAGCCAGGGCUAAAAGCGAAGCUCUCGAUAAUAUUUAUAGUUUGUUCAAACAAAAUAUAAAAUCGUGUAAUGCUAAGCGGCGAAGGCAACGCCGGAGAACGGAGAAAAAACAACAAUAGGUCUAAUUAGCAAAAAAGCAACCUUGCACGUGCAGCACACUUUUUUUGUACAUUUCUUUGCCGUUGUUUUGCAUGACCGCCACGUGAAACUUCCAGAAACUUUUUAUGGAGGAAAUGUCGUACGUGUUCUCGUUCACUUUUUUUUAUCACUACCGCUCAUUUUCUCCUUGCAUUGGUGGCCGCUAGCAUUUCUCAUUUUGUCACCGCCCCUACAAAAUUUUCAUGUUGUUCUUCCAACAAAAAAUGUCUUCUUUGUUUUUUAUCUCUCGCUCUGUUGCCGUUUUUCUCGUUGAGUUUCUCUGGCCUUCCUCUUUUUCUCUUUUUCUCUGUCUUUCUCUGGCUCUAUAUUCCAAAUGUGUGGACAUGACAAUUAAUCUAAGCUUAAUACUUUUGAAAACACGGAUACAAAAACAAUUUCCGCUUUUCGGUUUCGUCUUUAUUGACUCUUUAGUUGCCUCUGCUUUACAGACGCGGGUGGCUAUGCGAUUUCCCGCCAAAAUAACCUCGAGUUGCAUUUGGGUUGCCAUACCUGUUGAUUGAGUUAUUUCAUAUUGGUAUGCCUGUGGUGCGGACGGACGGUCGGGCGUACGGUCACGUGAUUACCAAAUUUUCGCGGAUGGGUAGAUUACCACAUUUUCUUACCCAUGGUGCUCCGCAGGCGCGCUUUGCGCGCCAGAGCUCCGCUAAGAACAAAUAUACACUGCAACUAUUCCCAAUUAGCCAUGAUUUGAAACAGUGAUAGAUAAAACGCAAAAUAACGUUAUGUGCAACCCGCCACUGUACAGAAAUAUAUGGAUAUGUAGGAAAGUACUAUUUUUUCAGAUUUGUGUUGUCGGAUAUGUUAGGUGAAAGGAAACAUAGAAGAUUUGAGUUGCAGUUCUUUUACGCUCAAGGUGCUUUUCGAUUACGACAAUGUCCCUAUUUCCAACCCGGUUUAUAAUUCCAUUAAAGUCUUUAACGUUUAGUUCAUUUUAUGCGGCGAUGAGAUUACUUGCUGAAUUAAUUUUGCAUAACAUUGCGAGAGUUUCUGCUACAAACAAAAAAAUUAAUCCAUGAAUUUUCCCAUUUGCUGAAAGGGCAGCAGAAUAGGAUUUCUUUAAUGGACCCGACCUUCGACUGCCAUGUUGUUGUUCCUAAUAAAAUGUUUUUUUGACGAACUACGCAUGAUCAGUGAACAAAUCCGCUGGCAAGAACAUUGAUGAUCGCUUUUCAAGUAGUGAAAACAUCGUCUGGAUUUCAUUAUGAGAUAAUAUGGGGUGUAGCUAUCUUUACUGAUAAAUACAAUGUUCGUGAAUUUUAUCAAUUUAAUUACAUAUUGUCAUUUAGUGGUGUAUAGAUCUAAAUGUCAUAAUUAUCUUCCACCUAGUUAAGCUCAAGAUUAAGACAUUUAAUUAAUGGUAUAAUUAAUUGAUAAAUCCAUAAAGCGGACUUUUGUGGCCUGAUUUAAUGAGAGUAACAGCCUUCACGUAACUCAAUACACGUCCUGUUUGAUUUGUUUAUCGAAUUCGGGAGAUGAAUUGUUAUGAAUUCCUCUUGACCGUUUAAUAAUUUCAAAAAUUUAGCCCAUGAUGGCAACAAAAUGCCAUCCCAGCCUUCCCGUCGGCAUGUGCUUGCACAGUUCACUUGAUUCAGCAAGACUUGGAAUGGCCCUUGUUGCCGGGAGUGUUCUCAAAUUUAAAAUUCUAUUGUGCUGUUGAUUUCUACAUUUAUUCUUACCAAAUUGAAAUAAUUGACUGUAAGUAAACUCGGAUUAACUCGGUUAAACCAUUAAUCUGGCGGAUUGAAAGGCGCAAAAAUUCUUCGACUGUUCAAGGUGACAACACUUAUUCCCUGACAGCAAACUGGUAACUUCAGGUUUUAGAUUGAAGCCGCCGUAAGUAGGUAAGUAGUUAUGUUGAAAACUUGUAAGAGGAAAUGAUGGAAGGCAUUAAUAUUAUCAUAUAUAUUGGUCAGAGAUUUUGAAAUGAGAUUACUCUUGGAUUUGCACAAAAUCCAAGCACAAUGUGUUGAAUACACAGCUAAUACAUGCAUGAAAACAUUGGCAUAUAUUGACGCAAAGGUUUAAAAAUAUCCUUACAAAUCUCCCAGUAAUCCACAGUUUGGAUUUCAGUCUAGGUUUCCUAUUAUAGCUCCAGUUUGUGCUAUUGUAAAGAGAGGCCUUUCUUUACUGACUUGCGUUUAUCAACUGAAGGGCUCAAACAAUAUAUAUAUAUAUAUAUGAACAGUGGUUGACAAAUGAGAAAAAGCUUUGCUAAAGCUUUGUCCAGGCAGACAUCGAGUAGAGAAGGAGAAUGUGUGACGAGGCACGUACAAAAUCCCAGAUCGCAUAUUUCAAGUAAUUGUGUGAAGAAUUCGCCAAAUCAUGUUGCAGAACUUUGCACGGUAAUAUUUUUGAGUAUAUGUUCUUAAUUUUUAUUUCAGUUUUGCGAGUUAAUGUCUAGACACACACAAAAAGGAGAAAGAAACGCAUUUUUGAUUAGGCAAAAAUAAUGAUAUUUCUCUGUUAAAUAAACCAUUUAUAUUUUGCAUGAGCACUUCUUCACAAAAAGCCAGUUGUUGCUGUCCGGUUGCUGUCAAAAAUACGUUAUAGGGUUAACAGAAGAUAACUCGAUGACUUGUCCCAAUAAGGUCAUAACGUUUUAUGAACUGCCCUCAUGAAAUGUAUCUUUGUACUUCCAUUUCUUUUCUCAUGACAAUUACUUGACCUGAAAACUUUUGGAAGAGUAGCACUGAUAUUUUUGGAGAGUAGAAAAUCUUAAGAUUUUUCCGUGACUGCCUGAUAAUUUGAUGGUCGUUUAUAAUGGUAUGCUAAUGCACCUCGUUCGAUAAAAUGGCUAUCAGUCUCCAUGACAAAAUUUAUGGCGGUUCCAAUCUUGAAAAUAUUUCACGAAUUACCUUAUUGGUACAUAAUUUUGCGGGUAUUUAAUUUCGUGAUUUUGACGAGAGAGUAUUUCGCCGGGUUUUUUUUCGCGAUUUCAACACGCAAAUAUGAGAAAAGAGCAAUAAAUUUCGCGAUUUAAGCAUUCUCAAGUUCAUUUUAUUUUUAAAAAGUCUAGUUUAACUGGAAAGGCAAUGUGUGAAAGCUUUACAAAAUAUCGUUUUUUCACUUACUGAGGAUACAAAACGGAGCUUAGAAGUAUAACCAGUUAACAGUUGUGUUGUGAUACAUACUCCCUGUAUUUGUUGUCGCUAUUUCAAGCAAACAUUUUUUCUGUGAUUUGAAGUUUUUAUAUUCAGGGGCGGAUCCAGGAUUUUUUUUAGGAGGGUGUGCACUCGUCUCUUGCUCUACUUCAACACCAAUAAACCACACAGUUUUUUUUUUUGGCAGAAUACCAGUUGUAUUAGAAAACUGCAGGUCAUCUCCGGGGGGGGGGGCGCACCCCCAGCACCCUCCCCCUAGAUCCACCCCUGAUAUGUAUUGAGUAUUUGAUUUCGCGUGCUUGAAUAUAGCGAUUUUUUGCAAUCACGAAAAACGCCAAAUUAAAGACCCGCGAAAUAAGGUACCAAUAAGGUAUGUAUAUAUGUUUUGUAAUCGUUUUUGUCCCAAAAAACUUCCAGUCACUUUAAAGAUUGUAUGAAAUAAUUUUAUUUUUUUGAAUUACGCUUUUUUCGUAGUUUCAUAUUUUGUUAUAUUGAAAUUUCAUUGAAAAUACCCUCUAACAUUACAGAAUAAAUGUAAAAUCCAUUUAUUUAGCUAGCGUCUUCUGCCAUCGUCACCAGGGCAAAUUUAAUGACAUAGUCUCCCACUUUCUUGCCGAAAAUGCGGCACCAAAAGAGAGUGAGUGUUCAACCAUUAUGCAAAACAUGAAACAUUAAUGCACUGCUUUUAGGUUGGUUUAUGGUAACAUAAGCAAAACCAAAAGAUAAAUGCAGUAAUUACAGAUCAUUAAGGUGAUUCUCUCUUUAUGUUAAUGCUUUAUAUUUUACAGCAAGCAAGCCUACCAAGAAGUUCUGUUGUAAGAAGUUCCACUUUUCAUUUUUUUCAAAAUGUUAGAAAUUCUCAGUUUAGUCCGACUGGCAUUUUACGUAGGGUGACACUUGUUCUCACUGAAUUACGGACCAAUCUUCGUUGCAUGUUUUGUCGUAUUAAAUUGCCCAUGCUUUUAUGGUCCAUAACGGAACGAAUUUUUAGCAGACAGACAAUUUGCUAAUGCUCAUCUGAAAUUUAUGGCUCACAAAGGGUUCUGCUUUAUUUGUGAUUGAGUGCUCGGGGGUCCCGACUCGUCUACCAACAUUACUGGUUUUAAGAACCGUAAAAGUGCAUGUCGUUUAUGUUCAUAAGGAAGAAAACUAUUAACCAGGAACUUGUGUAUUUCGCAGAUCGCGUCAAAACAUCAGCAGUUUACAGUUUUGUUUUUUCAAUUUUGAAGGAGACCAUUACACUCAGGAUUCAGGUAUGAACCGAUACUUAAAGGUUAAUAUGCGGACUGGACAGCACCCGCAACUAAGUCAAACUGAUUAUACUUUUCGGUAACCUUUCAAAACGUAUUGAGUAAUUAAGGUAUCGCCGCGUUUAUAAUAUGAGUCAAAGUUUUCAAUAGUAAGUAACUUAAAAAUACAGUUGGUACUGCUUUUAAUCGAAUUUAUUUGUCAGACCAUUUAAAAAGCUUCUAACAACACUAUUCUCAGCUCAUGACUGAAUAUGCAAACUGAUUCAGAGUCUUACUUCAUGGAAAAAUUCGACUCUUUACACAAUAGCCAAAAGGAAGCCAUUUUGUUGUGCACGGAAGCUAAUAGCACAUGAUAUUCAGGGUAUUGUUAAGCCAAUCAGAACGCGCGUAAAUCACUAUUCAAAAUAACAAAGGAAAAAAAAAAUCAACAAACUUCUGAGCCACGUUCACUUUGCAAGAUGUAACGAUCUCCCAUUUACCUAGUGCUAGAUUUUGCCUAAAUUUUCGCAGAGAAAAAUGUUCGAAUGUAUCAAAAUCACACACCUUCUCAACGAAUGAAUAUCUCCGCUCACUUUCUGUUGUUGACAAGAAGGUAUUAAAAGGCAUCGCUCUCGUCUUCCAAGUUUUCCAAGUUUGUGCUAUUCAAGAGUAAAUUACGUUGUGCAGCUCUAUUUUGAUAUAUAUUUUUUUGUUGAUAUGAAUUGAACAAGUAAACCAAGUAGAAAAGAAAAGGUUAUGUGACAUGAGAUCACUUUUCUUUAAAUGGAUUCAUGGUUUCGACAAAAGUGUUAAUAUAUUUUGCUAAUAUUCAUUUCCUUCUCAAACCAAAUUUCCCUGAAGCGUUUAUUAGUGGUAAUCAGUUCUUGAAAUUGUCACAUAUACAAAAAUAAAAUGUACAGUAACAAUUUCACUCAGGAGGAAAACAAAUAACAAAAUUGAAAACUUUAAGGACGAUUUUCUCAAGAAACAUAAACUACUCAGCUGAGUAAGCAGAAAAUCGCGCAAAUGACUCAAUUGUCUUAUUUUUUUUUUCGGCACAUCAAACGACUUCUUGGAGUUUGUAAUAAAAUAACAGUAACACAGAGAUAAUAAGCAAUAAAAAAUUCAAAACCGGAACCAUGCGGUUUUAAUAACAUAAAAACGCAGAAGUGGCAAAAUUGAAAUCAUGAUAACCACCGACAAAAAUCGAGGAAAAAAUGGCAGUUUGCAAUCCGUGAUUUUACAGAAGAACAACUCACGGCUAUUUCGGUACAGGUAUAAUAAUCUCGAUGAUUUCUUUGUCUUUUUAAAAUGACCGUUUAUGUUCAAUUGACGGAAAUUUGUAAAUAUGUUGAAGAUUUCGUUAGUGGAUCCCUUGGACCUGUGAAUCCCUUUUUCCAUGGCUUUGUUUUUGUUGCUGCUGUUGUUGUUGUUGUUGUUGUUGAGGUAACACUAUAUUAAAGCGGACGCCUCAGGAAACUGACAGCUAGUGAAAAGUGAGAAACGAGAUACAGUGAGAAAUGCAGUACAGUCCACGUAAUGCUCUCCUUGAGCGAGAAGGCGACAACCUAUCGUUGUUAUCGGAAUUCUGAAACCGCGUUUAAAGCGUAAUGUUAGCUUGCAAUCCCUCACGUAAGCAACCGCGACAAUUUUUGUGAAUCUCUCGUCUUUACCUUUUUUAAAUUCUCGUGCGACCUCUGGGUCAACACUUGAAUAAAUGCAUUAACGUCUUGAUCAUAUUGUCUAAGAGCUACUUUGAAUGUGAUAAGUAAAACAUUUUAACAUUACUUUAUCUGAACAUAUUGGUAAUGAACAACAUAUGUCAAGCUUUUUUGCUAAAGGAUCUCGAAAAGGUACAUCUUCUGAAUAGGUUUAAUCACAAGGUCGCUACCAGAGUGUAUAAGGCUCAUAAAUCACCAGCUGUACUCGCGGUCAAUUUUAUGGAUUACCGAGGUGGUCGCUAACAGGAGCUUUGACUGUAUAUCAUAGUUUGAUAAGAUCAAUCACCGUAACAAAUAUCAGAAGCAGGCUAUCAUUUAUAAUCGUGAAGGCGUCCCAGUUCUAAUAACAUACACCAAAUAUUGCAUUGUAAAAAUUGAAAUAGUUAUGAAUAAAUAAACUUCAGCUUCGUCUGGUUGAAAAAAUAAAUGAAUAAAAACGGAAGGCGAAAAGGCAAAAAGGGAAUUCUUGCUCUCGGUAAUUGCACCGCAGGUCUUGAAUCUUCGAUGUAAGGUAAAAAAGAAAAUUGUAUAAAUGUAUUUGUGGGAACCAUUUAACCUCCCAUGAACAUAUUGUGUAAUAAGGAUUUUAAUUUCCGAGGAUAAUUCAUGCGAGCCCUUAUCGUUCGGUGCUUAUAAGAUUAAAACCAUGCAUUUUUUUUGCAGUAUUUUUCUGAAGCUUUAGCGACUUAAUGCAUACAUAUACGAUUAUGCUUAAAUACCCUUUUGAAAGGUGGAGACGAAAAGAAUAUAUACUGCUUUCAUGACUUCAUAAAUAAACGAUCCCCGGUGUAACUGCUAAAAAGUAUACUGAACUCCUCACCCAAAUACAUCGCUUAUAUUGCUUAUUUUUGUUAGGCCAAUAGUGAAAUAAAUGUGGUCAUUUGUAAAGUCUUUGUGUAGGUAGAAUCUAGACAGUAUCCCUCAAAACCGCAGAACCAAUCGAACGACAUCUUGAUUCAAUUUUUACCUAAAAAUAUUAACUAUAAUAAUAUUCAUCAAGAACCUCCCCAGAAAUUUCACUCUCUUCAUCGCGUAUUACAGUCAUAUUGUUAUUACGCAAUUUACGGCAGUCACAAAAUAAAAACAGCGAAUGUUUAUCGUAAAAUAAGUAAUUUACAAACGGUUGUGUCAUUAGAUUUAAAAGAUUCAAAAAGGAUUGUUCAAUAAGCAAACAUUAGCUGAAUGGCUUCAAAUAUUUAAUGUGCGAUAGUCUUAUUUAGAAGUACCUAACCCUACAUUUUAGCGUUUCCCGAGAUUAAAUAUGUUAUCAAUUUUUUGUAUUUAUUUGGUCUAAUUUUGUGGUGUUUUUCCUGAUUCAGAUCCGAUGAGGAAAGAGCACUCAGCUGACGCGGAAGACAAUUUUCUAAUUAAGAUAACCAAUGGAAAACGCUGUUAAGAGAGAAUACAGUAAUCUCCAUUUAUAUCGCUGGCACAUAUGAUAAUUUCGUGUUUUUGUCCCCACUGUAUUCAAUUUCACCACUUGAAUUUUAGAACACGUGGCUGCCUUUUAUCUUAUUAUAACCUCUUAAAAUCCUGUUCAAGAAAAGAUUUGAUUAUACUAACAUACCCGAGUCUUAGCGACUCUAGAGAGGCGAGAAAAAGGUCACAAAGCAAUUGACUAUAUAAAUGAGAUUGUUCUGACAAACGCACAGAGGAUUACUCUGUAAAAGAACUUAUACUGGCUUUUGUAUAUACAAAGGUUUACAGUUUUGGUGACAACAUCGUCAAAUGCUGAACACAAGUAUUUCAGCUGGGGGACUUGUCAGGAGAAAUUUCAGUAUCAACAACAAUAAGCCGCAAAGAAACGACCGCCCUAGAGAAUCCAUAGGUUCCAGAAGCAACAAGCCCGCAAAGCGUGGUUCGUCAAUUUCGUCGACAAGAGACAAGCGUUUAACGAUUAACGUGAGUGGGAUUAAGUUUCAGACUUGGCAGAGCACGCUGAUGCGUUUUCCUGAUUCUUUACUUGGCAGUGCAGAAGCCAUGAAACAGUUCUACGACGAGCAAAGAAAGGAGUAUUUCCUCGAUCGCGAUCCAUAUCUCUUUAAGUUUGUUUUGAAUUAUUACCGAUUUGGCAAACUACACUUCUCCCAAGAAGACUGUCCCGCUGCGUUCGAAGAGGAAUUACAAUUUUAUGGCUUUUCAAUUUACGACGUAAACGAUUGUUGUUGGGAAUACUGUACUCACAAAGAGAAAGGCCUACUUAUUGAAGGCGACAACGAUGCCCUUGAGGGGGAGACAAUUACCUGCAACGGAAAUUUAUGCGCCGUACAUUGCGAGCCAAAACUAACUUUGCGGCAGAAAAUUUGGCGAACCAUUGGCCCUUCAAAGACUACGAAGACCGGCGUAAUAUUUCACAUAAUAUACGGGUUUUUUAUUUUCGUAAGUGUGUUAAUAGCGUCUCUCGAAACUUUACGAUGUGGUCAAAAUACGUGUGGAGAAGUUUAUCACAGUAUCUUCUUCACAAUAGAAUCAGCUUGCGUUAUUGUAUUUACCGCUGAACUUUUGAUUCGCUUCUACGUUUGUCCGAUGAAAAAGAAAUUUAUGCGGGAUGCCAUGAACAUAAUUGAUACACUAGCCAUUCUUCCCUACUACAUCACACUGAUUGUUACCAGCUUUGGAGUGGAAACAAGCUAUAUACAAAUACUCAAAGUUUUGCGCGUGAUUCGGAUUCUGAAGUUAACGAGGAAUUCGAGAAGACUUCGUUGCCUCUUGUUAACUCUUCGACGCUGCGCAGUAGAUAUUGUAUUUCUCUACUGUAUUUGUCUGUUGGCCAUUAUUUUGUUUGGAACAGCGGUUUAUUAUGUGGAUUUUAUGGGAGGAGAUCCACAGUUUUCAAGCAUUCCGGAAUCAUUUUGGUAUACCUGUGUCACCCUGAUGACAGUCGGGUAAGGUCAAUGUAUCAUUAGUGAUACUGUUCUUAUCAUUCUUGCUUACUAUGUUCAUAUUAUUUUAGUACACUUUUGAGUGGGCAAAGAUUGAAAUAAAAAAAUUUAAAAAAAAAAAAUUAAAAAAGAAAGAAAGAAAGAAGAGGAGAUAUAAAAAUAAUAGAUUACUUCUGAUCAGUAGGUUUUUAGGGAAAAGCCGUUUUGUCAGAGACGAGAGUUUGUAAGUAAGGUAUGAAUUUAAGGAACUCUAUUUUUUGGACUUUUAUCAUCGAGAAUGACGUGAGAAAUGUUGUUUUGGCAUGAUCUCAUAACUUAAAAGCCUUUUACACACAGCUCUAAUGGCUAAUUUCACCAAUUUCACUACCCUUUUAAACACAUAGCAAUUAUAAAAUUAAUAAUUUAUCUAAGCUUGUGCCAUAUUCACUUCUGCAAUAAGAAUUGCUAUUAAAAACAUUUUUUGAUAAAGAAUACCGAAAGGCGAAGAACACCAUGGGCCUUAAAUACAAUAUUUUAAAACAAACGGUACCGUUGAAAACUAAUGCGAGGUUUCAUUUCAAUGGUCGCACUAGACGAUUUCCAUCAAAUAGGGAAACCGGAAAUCACCUUGUGUAGAUAUAUGAUUUAGCAACAGAACGGGAACGUCAUUUGAUGACGGGAAAGCGCGUGGAAAGGACUAAACUCGACUUCCGGUGCCCAAUUUGUCGCUCUGCCAUUGGUCAAGCCAGUUGUUUGAUUUGCGAGCGCCGUCGUCAACUGACGUUCUCGCUCUGUUGCUAAAUCAGGCUAUUAAUAAACGGCACCACAGGGAAGCGUUGCUUGGUAGCUAUUGUUUGCAUGGCCACACCAUGGGAUUUCAUCCACAGCUUGCACUGUAUGACUGCUCAUUAGUUUUCAUUUGAAUCGAUCAUAGACUAAAUAGUGAGAACUACCUUGUGCUGUAUAAUAAGCAAACCAUAGGAAACUACUGCUCAGUGGCAUUUCACCUUAGGGCAUGUGAUGACAUGCGCUUUUGCGACUCACAGACCUGCAAAUUACUUAACAUUCAUUUCUAUAUUUAAUUAUCAUAAACAUUUUAACUAAAGAAAUGUCAUGCCGAUGCCAAUCAAGCCUUUUGCAAUCCAAAUUUAACUAUUUGGCGGUCUUAGCUAUUUCUUCAUUGCAUUUCGUAUAUCCUCAUUGCAUUUUUCCUGGGAAGCUCAGUACAUUAAUUUACAUUAGUACAUUAAUUUAUCUUGUAAGGUGCCCAAGAUGGCCUCUACCAAUAAAAGAGAUAAAAAUCGAUCAACACCAAGCGGUCACUUACGCUGAACCUUUUUCAGCCUGUCAAACGCUUCAUUAAAGCAUUGCUUGUUCCUUUUCUUUGCUACACGUAAGUGGGUUCUAAAGAUAAGAGAGAAAAAAAUAGAGAAUAAUCAACAUUUGGUUUUCAUGUCGAAAAAAGUUCCUUAUUCAAAGUUAUUCCCCAUUCUCUCUUCUGCAAUUCCAUUAAGCUGACAGGGAAAAAGUAUUAACGUUAAAAAGCUGGGUCAUCUCAGCUAUCGCCGGACGACGGCGGCCUGCGUGCUUCUUAGGAUAAAGAAUGUUCGACUGUAGGUUUCUAUAUAAACGCAUGCACUAAGGUCAAGAAAAAGCAAGCUCGAACAGAUUUGUAUUGAAAGCUGGAAUUCUGGAAAGCAAAAAUAUCGUGACAGAGCUUGACAGGUUUUUCCUAACCAAACUUAAUAGCACGUCCAGGGGACCAAAUUCAGCAACCAGAGAAAAGCCGAACGGAUGGACGUUCCUUUAAGAGAAUGAGGUAGCUUGCGAGGCAAAAGUGAAAGAAAAGGACGAAGGACAGCGAACAUGGUGACAGCUCCGCGUAAACGAACUUUGUUAUUUAUAAUCGAGGCACUGCGGGCAUUCACUGUUAGGUGUGAACAAGAGCCUCUUGGUGUGAAUGAGCCUAUAUCUCUUCUCUGCUUUCAGAGAAACUGGUCUAUUCGCCUUGAAGACAGCCUAGGAGAAGAACGAGAGGUAACUCUUUGUUCGAGUGAAACCGCUAACUAGUGAAGCCUGUAAGAAAAACCGUGGGCUGCAACCACCACAAGUUAAUCUAUAUCUGUAACCAGGAAACUUGAAUUCCUUGGAAAAAUCCAGGGAAUGCAAAAUUGACUAGCACAAUUACUUCAGCUCUGUCCCAAAGUUAAGAAAGUCUUGUUUACCGGUGAUACCCGAGUCAUCGAUGAGAGAACAAUACAAUUCACUGUCCCAGUCGUGAGGAAGUCAGUUCUGCUAAAAUAGAAACCAUGCCAGGAGGAGCCAUGGGAGACGUUGGCUGAAAAAUGAAGCGUCAACAUGAAACCGUUUUGCAGAGAACUUAGAAUUUACGUUAAUAUCGGUUAUAUCCAAAAUGCCGAACAAACCUAUGUAAGAUAACGUCAGUGAAAAAGGGAACACCAGAAUAAGAGUCGAUAGGAAUGCUUCCUUAUAGCUGUAAAACCUGGAUCACUAACAGACAAGGAGCAAGUCUACGAAUCUUCCAGCAGAGGAUCCCACACACUAUCAUGGUUUCAGCUGGGAAGGACAGAGUUACAAGCAGUGAAGAGUCUCGAACGUUCAAGACCAAAAACCUAAUUUGCCAUUCUCAGAGAAGACCGCCAACAACGGUUAAAAGCCAUUUCUCAAAGCAUCCUGUGUGCGGGGGAUCAUUUGGCCUGAGGUAUCAAAGUAAAGUCGCAUUCCUGCAACAGGAAAACUAUCAACACGUCUAGAAGUUAAUAGAGAAGCCGCUGCUGUCAACUUGUCGCAAAAAUGAAGAACACAGUGAAGCAUAUUGAGGGCGGAUAACAAGAGAAAUAGAAACAUGGCUACAAUAUGCCAAAAGAAGGAAGCCUUGCCAUGCAUCCUCAGCCUUGGUUUUCCUCCUUUUUCAACGUGUAUUUUGAAAAACUUUGACAUUUACUCAGCCUUGACAUCCACUGGCGAAAGUGACUCAUUGGAAAAAUCACUCAAGUAUCACUUUAUCAUUGACAAACUGUUAACAGAAAUGUUACCAUGUUGAAAUUUACUUGAUGCCAUCUCCAUAUAUUUUUUUGUCUACACGCCAAUUGCACAUCUCCCAUAAUGCACCUUAUUUGCCGCCCCCCCCCCCCUCUCCCCCACAAAUUGGUAUAAGCAUUGUUUGCAAUUUCUCUUGGGACGGUCGUAAUACCCAAAAGAAAUAAAAAACAAGGGUUAUGCAAAAUUGUGGGGCGCAAAUAAGGUGCAUUAUGGGAGAUGUGCAAGUGGCGUAUCUUUACACCACCAGCAACAGAUUCAAAUAGUUUCCACGUAUGGCCUUGAUACGGGAUCAGUGAAGCGAAUCCGAGGAUGCGGAAGACAAAGUCGAGUCACAUUGCCUCGAUGUACGACGACCUAUACCAAAACGUUUUUUUUUAUUUCGCUGAAAUUCGAAAAUCCGUGGCUCUUUUGUCACCUCCGACCAAAGGAAGAUAAGUCAACUUCCUAUUAGUGUACUGAGCUUGGAAAAAAAACAUUAUCUCUUAAGUAUCUGCCAGGUUUUUUUAAUAACUGGCCUGCUAGAGACUGUUGUUGUGCAAGGAAACUAUCUGAGUCCAUCUUGUGACACCUCUAUGUCGUAUAUACACUCAGUAAUACUCGGUAUAUAUGGAAAAAAGAGUUAUUAAGGCAAGCCGAGUUAGGAAAAGUGUCACUUGUUUUAACAAAAAAAGAAACACUUGGAGACUAACUUUGCAAAUUUCUUCAUUUUGCAGUUACGGUGACGUUGUUCCCUCGUCGGUCCUUGGAAAGUUUGUGGGGUCAGUAUGUUGUGUCUCCGGUGUGGUCCUCCUCGCGCUACCAAUUCCCAUACUUCAAGAAAAGCAAGUCCCUUGCACGCUGGAAUCUGUGACAUCACGAAAACGACGGAGUCCACACAAGGCUGUUACAGAGUGCGCAGAAUGCAUAGGAGAAAAGGAAUGUCUUUUGACCCAAACCAAUGGCAAAAAUCAAGACCUGGAAAACGGGUUUGCAACGAGAGAAUGAUAAGCAUGUAUGAUGGUAUAACAACAACAGCAACUUAAUUAACAACAAAGAAACAUGCCUUUAGAGGUUAAAACACUCGACUCUGUGAAACAACCUGUUUCAAAGCAAUAGUGUGAGACAUCCAUGAUAAUGUGUACUUUGGCUAGGACCUCAUCUAUUAGUGAAAAAAUAUAAUAUUGAUUCCUAAAACGCUUAUUGACGCUUAUUAAUAUCAUCAUAUACCAGGUACUUGUUGGCCCUGGGAGAUGGAUAUUGUUUGAAACUCUUACCCUUACCCAGUUCUUGUUCAGCUUAUUUUUGGAACUCUGUCCGUGGCUAGAUGCUGUUCUGUGAUACGUGUAGUAGUACAAUUAUUUCCAGUGGGCAAGGAAAGUAUUCUAGU